AACUCCCAAAAAACAAAAGACAAAAUAAUUCAAUAUAGACAAAAUUACAAUUUUUCUGGGUAGUAAAGUAUUGCAGCAGUUAUAAGGAACGAUGCUCAUUGGAUUUCCAAUGUUUAUUUUCCUGGAAUAUUUUUCACUGAUUCAACUGUAAACCCACCUCAAAUUUUAGCUGCUGGCUCGUUCUCUCUCUCUCCAAAUGGUUGAGUUGACUGUUCUUGGAUGUAAUGAAAGCAAAUCAGUUUAGUAGAUGGGUAUUUUUCACCAUUCUGAUGCAGGCACCAAUAUGCUAUUUCGGUAAUUCAAGGUUGAUCUUGAGAGUUGAUGCCUGCCUAAAAAUGAAAAUGGAGAAGGUCUUGAUUGGAAUCAAGGUUGGGUUUCUGAAGAAUGGAGAUCUUUGUCACCACAAACUUGGAAAUAACACAUAACAUGUACCUACAGAAUGCAUGUCAAAACUUCAUGCAAUUUUCAUGUAAUGUAUGCUGCUAGUUUUUCCCCCCAUGAACAAGGGGCAUUUCCAUGUUGAACCUUUGACUGCAUCUUUUCCUUGGUUUAAAAAAGUUGAUUUUCACUCUUUCAGCAGCUAAAGCCACCAGUAGCUAGAAGCUGAUCAUUCUAUUUAUUCACCUCAUCUUCAAACUUCUUUCAGCUCUUUCAUCAGCUAUUCAAAACGGGAUUUUGAAAUAGGUCAUUAUAAGAUGAUUGCAAUACCAAAUCACAACAUGUGAUAAUGGCAAAGACUUGACUAGUGCUUCCAGAAGUGACUUAUAAAAUGGAGGUUAAUGAGGCGGAGAGGAUUGUUAUAGCUAAACCGGUUCCUUCAAGACCUACUUGUUCCAAUUUUAGGUCCUUCUCAGAUCUCCUUGCUGGUGCCAUUGAUUCCUCUCCCUCUAAUGAAUGCUCCAAAACAGCAGUCACCGCCAUUAGACCAAAGACUUUGAGGCUCAAGCCAAUGGCAAAUCAGGUUCUUGGUGGGACAGUUUCUUCCCAGGCUGAGAUAUCUGGAGCUGCUGCAGUUUGUUGUCCAUCUGAUAAGGUGGAUAAGGUUUCAAAUUCUGAUGGAAAAUCCACAGUACUAUAUAAACCCUUGGCAAAGGUUGUAUCAAAGACAACAUUUUCUCUCUUGGCAAAUAUGGGAAAUUGCAACAUUAGUCAUCUACAAGCUCUAGCUCAGGUUGAGGCCCAUGUUCAACCUGCAAACCAACUUAAAUACCAUUCCAAACCAAGUCUUACGCCGAACCUUCAUCAGAACACUUCAUCACAAACAGAAAGACAGAAGACUAAUGAGCGUCCAAAAAUGGCAUCAGAGAACAUAGAAGAUGAUCAAAAAUCUCUGCCACCCCCUAGUGCUGACCGAACUUCAUACGAUGGAUACAAUUGGAGGAAAUAUGGGCAAAAGCAAGUGAAAGGAAGCGAGUACCCACGAAGUUACUAUAAGUGCACACACCCUAAUUGCCCUGUGAAAAAGAAGGUUGAGAGAUCAUUAGAUGGCCAAAUAGCUGAAAUUGUAUACAAUGGGGAGCACAACCAUUCAAAGCCUCAGCCACCUAAGCGCAAUACAUCAGGUGGACAGGGGCAAGGAUUUGUAUCUGAUGGGACUGGUUUAGAAACAAACAACCCCUCGUUGGUUAACCAAGCUAAUGACAGAAAUGAAGGUUUUGAAGGGAGAGUGGAAAAUCGGAAUGAAGUCGGAUUAUUAGCCCAUUCACCUUAUUUGGCAAAAGCUCCAUUGUCGUAUGAUCAUGUUGCUGUUGGAGCGGUCAAUGCAGGUCUUGGAACGCCUGAGAAUUCUUGUGGCAUUAGUGGGGAGUGUGAGGAAGGAAGCAAGGGGUUGGAAGCAGAAGAUGAUGAACCAAAGAGUAAGAGAAGGAAAAAUGAGAAUGAACAAGGCCUAUCAGGGCUAGUAGUACAAGAGCCAACUGUUGGGGUCCAGGGUUCCACGGAUUCUGAGAUUGUAGGCGAUGGCUUCCGAUGGAGAAAAUACGGCCAGAAAGUUGUGAAGGGAAAUCCAUAUCCCAGAAGUUACUACAGAUGCACCAAUCUCAAGUGCAACGUGCGCAAGCACGUCGAGAGAACUUCAGAUGAUCCGGCGGCCUUUAUCACAACAUACGAGGGAAAACACAACCACGGCGUGCCCAUCAAAAACCCAAAUCCAGCAGCAUGUGAACCGGAUUCACAGGCUUCAACUUCAAAGGGCAAGCCAUGAUCCGUUUUAAAUUUUGCUAUGGCAGAAAGCGUCAGAGAGAGUUGAAGAGCAUCUGGAAAAAGGACCUGACUACUUCUCACACGCACUGUGAUGGUGGCCCCUUUUAAUAUGUCGCACUACUUGUGAAUUUUUGUAACAGAUAAUAGUCUAUGGAUGCAUAAUUUCUUUCAGAAAAAUGCACCGAAUGCAACAACGUUGCAUUUGUGAUAGUAGGGCAUUCUGUUUAUUUUUCUGCAGGAAAUUUUUGGCCCGUUGCAUUUGAAUUCAAAAGGCAUGCUCUUCAGUAUGUCUCCAGAUUGGGCAUUUCUUUUUUGGGGAUAAGAAGAAUGAUUAAAGUUGCGAUUUUCGUUGCCUUUA